CCCACGUGCUGGUGCAAUCCCGUCCAGAAUCAACACACGAUGGCCAGCGAUUCUGGCAGCGAUUACGAGGUGGAGUCCUUUUUCAAACCCAAGCGGGUGCGGCGGACGGUCAACGACGACAGCGCCGACUUGCUGGGCAACUUCGAUGACCAGAAGCGCAAGGAGAUCUUCGAGGGCACCUAUGUGGACAAGGAGGACGGACGGAAUCCCAGUGACCCAGAGGAUAGCCAAAGCGAGGAGGAGGGCAAGUCCGAUGGCGAGGCAGAAGGCAGCAAUGCCUCCGGAUCCGAGGAAGUGGAAAUUGCGGAGAAUGGUGAAAUAACCAGUGACCAGCUGACUUCCCUGCUGCGCGGAGCAUCCAAGACCAACAGACAUGUUCUGUACGUGACGAACCUGAACUUCGAGACCCAAAAGGACGACCUGGAGCUGCACUUCUCCGCGGUGGGCACUGUGAAGUCCAUCCGCAUUCCCAAAAAGCGACGCGGUGGCUUUGCCUUUGUGGAGAUGGCCGAUCUGCCCAGUUUUCAGAGGGCCUUCCAGCUGCACAACACAGAGCUGCAGGGACGCAACAUUAAGGUGCAGAUCUCCGAGGCGGGCAAAAAGAAGUCGGCCAACAAGAAGAACAUCAUCAAGCAGAAGAACCGAAAGCUGGCCGAGAUGCGCAACGAGCAGAAGACCUUCACCAAGAGCGGAAAGUUCUACGACAAGGACCUGAAGAAGGAGAAGGCUAAGGAGAUGCUGGCCCGCAAGAGGUGGCGUAAGAAGCCUGCGCCCAGACCCACGUAAAUAGCUUAAGAUCAGAUACAAUGUAAGCCAACCUAUGAUUAUUUAACGAAAAUUACAAAGUACAAUUACCGGACAACAA